CUCGGAUGGCGGUGUACAAAUGCCAGUAAGAUUUGCCAGGGCAAGUCACAUUUUUGAUUGCACAAGAAAUUGGAUGAUCCUAUAGCCUUCCCAAAAUUAUUCUGUGAUCGGCAGUCGUCAAAGAAUGCGAUAGAAAGGGAGGGGACUCUAAAAAUGUCUUGCCUCUGCAAAGAACCAGAACCAGCCAGGAACUCGAUUCUAGCAGAAUUCCACCCAGUUCCAUCGAGUGGGUGUACUGGGUGGUUUCUUUUUUCGUAAAGAAGCUUCCUAGGAGGGGCGCUGGUCCAUUAAGGGAUGGGGUGGGAGUGGGGGAGGCGGCGGCAGCGGCAGCGGUUUCAUAGGCACCAGAAGCCCCUGCUUGAAGGCACCAAGCAGCCGAUCCUUUAGGGAUGAACGAACUCUGUGGGGCGCUUAACAGAGACAAACAGGUCGGUGGCUUGCACCCGGAGACUAGAUGCCUGGCUUGCGCCCGGAGACUAGAUGCCAGGCAAGCGCGUGCGGGGCCGCGCGUUCCCAAACCUCAGAAGCUGGAGGCUUGGGGGCAGGAAAGGGCCAGGCUGUGGGGCGGGCUCUGGGGAGGAGGCGGGUCUAGGGGCGGGUCUUGCUCCUGCGGCGCUAGUCCGCUCCUGCAGGGUUUUUAAUCCCCUUCUAGCAAUCCAAGGAGCUGAGAGCAGUUGCCUUUACAUGGCCCCGACGGGAGGGACGCUGGCUGGGGUGGCUGCCCCCGGCGUGUGCCCUAACUGAGCCUCGCGUCCUAGGUGUGGACUCUCCAACCUUAUCCUGAGUUUCCCUCCGACCGCUUUUCCCGGGAGGAUAUGACCGACUAGCUCUCCGCGCAAGGAUUGGGAUUUGCUUGGGAUUUUCUUCAUGGAAGCGAUGUCCCCCCAGCAGGAGACUCUGGGGGGGCAGCCAGGGCGCUCCUCUUCUCUGACUGGGGAGUCCAGGAUUGUGGGCGACACAGAGAGCAAGAAGAAAAUGAAAACAUUAGCAGAGAGGAGGAGGAGUGCUCCGUCCCUCAUCCUUGACAAAGCCCUGCAGAAACGACCCAGUAGCAAGGAAAGUCCAUCUGCCAACUUGGACCCAUGUACAUUUCUUACAUCUUUUAUGGGCUCCAAUAGGACCCUGUUGAUCGAUGGUCGUGUUGAACUCAAAAGGGGUCUGCAGCGUCAGGAACGACACCUCUUUCUGUUUAAUGAUUUGUUCGUUGUGGCCAAGAUCAAGUAUAACAACAAUCUUAAGAUAAAAAAUAAAAUUAAAUUAAGUGAUAUGUGGACAGCAAACUGUGUGGAUGAAGUGGGUGAAGGGAAUACCAAUACCAUGAAGUCAUUUGUUUUAGGAUGGCCCACUGUGAACUUCGUUGCCACUUUCAGUUCUCCAGAACAAAAGGACAAGUGGCUAUCUCUUCUCCAGAGAUAUAUUGAACAAGAGAAGGAGAAGGACCAUCCAAAGAGCAUUCCCCUUAAAAUCUUUGCCAAGGACAUUGGGAAUUGUGCUUACUCUAAAACAAUAACAAUUACGAAUUCAGAUACAGUGAAUGAAGUCAUCACCAUGGCACUGCCUAUGCUAGGGAUAAAUGGUUCUGAAAGAGACUACCAACUGUGGGUGAAUUCUGGAAGAGAAGAAGCUCCAUAUCCACUCAUUGGUCAUGAGUAUCCUUAUGGAAUUAAAAUGAGCCACCUACGAGACACCUCAUUCCUGACACAGGGAUCAAAGGACUUGCCAUCCCCUUUGGACCUCCAGGAAUCCUUCCUCAUAGAGCAGCUGCCCCGGGAGAUGCAGUGCCAGUUCAUACUGAAGCCCAGCCGCCUGGCUGGGGGCCAACCACUGACUGAUCCCAGCCAGAAGAUGUUUAAAAGAAGACGAUCUAUCAUAAAUUGGGCCUUUUGGCGAGGCUCCAGCACUCACCUGGACAACAUGCCAAUGUCUCCAACAUCCCCGAUGCCAGGGCAGCUCUUUGGGGUUUCACUGCCAGAGAUCUGUGAGAACGACAACCUGCCCAAACCUGUCUUGGACAUGCUUUUCUUUCUAAAUCAAAAAGGGCCCCUCACGAAAGGCAUUUUCAGGCAAUCUGCGAAUGUCAAAUCCUGCAGAGAGCUGAAGGAGAAACUUAACUCAGGAGCAGAGGUGCACCUAGACUGUGAAUCCAUUUUCGUGACAGCAUCCGUCUUAAAGGAUUUCCUUCGAAACAUUCCAGGAAGUAUUUUUUCAUCUGAUCUUUAUGACCAGUGGGUCUGUGUCAUGGAUCAAGGGAACGAUGAAGAGAAGAUAAACACAGUUCAGAGGUUAAUAGAACAGCUUCCUAGAGCUAAUGUCGUUCUCCUGAAGUAUCUGUUUGGAGUAUUGCACAGCAUUGAGCAACAAUCUGCAUCUAAUCAAAUGACAGCAUUUAAUUUGGCAGUGUGCAUUGCCCCCAGCAUUCUUUGGCCACCAUCUUCUGCCAGUCCUGAGCUAGAGAAUGAAUUCACCAAAAAGGUCUCUCUACUUGUACAAUUUCUCAUUGAAAAUUGCUGCAGGAUAUUUGGGGAAGAAAUCACUUCCCUCUUGGGAGAUAUUUCAAUCAGCUGCGACAGAGACAAUGCCCCAGGUAUCUCUUGCUUCCAACUGAAUGACUCUUCCUAUGACAGCUUAGAAAAUGAGCUGAAUGAUGACGUAGAUGCUCCUUGCAGUGACCUGGUCAAGAAACUGGGUCAGGACAGUCGCAGCAUGGACUCUGUCCUAACGUUAAGUGACUGUGAUUUAGACCAACCUGAAUCAGAAGGCAUUUUAACUCUGAGUGACUUUGACUUGGAUCAGCCUAAAAAUGAAGAAAUCCAGCUGAAGCACCCUUCUAAAUCCAAGCCACUGAGCAUUUCAGUGGCAUCCUACAGUAAAGUUUCAGCCCAAGCUCACUCCAAGAACGCUUCAGUUGGUACAAGGACACAUGGUUUCUUGUCCACUGCAGCAGGAGAUGCUCUGAAAAAUUGGAGGAGACACAGGCGCUGCUCUGAGCCCAGCAUAGACUACCUGGAUUCCAAGCUCACCUAUCUCAGGGAGUUCUAUCAGAAGAAGCUCCGCAAGUCCAGUUGUGAUGCCAUUCUCUCCCACCGAGAUGAAGAUGGCCACAAACAUCCCCACCUCUCACAAGGAGGUGACCAAAAGCUUAUUAAUCCAACCUCAGUCAUUCAGACCGAAGUGGAGAAGAAAAAUACCACAAACCAAAAUGUUAAGAAGAAAGGCUUUUUUAGUCAUGAAGGUACUCCAGUGAGACUGCCCUUCAAAUCCAGAUCUGUGGCCAUUUCUGUGGCAUCUUAUAGUAACAUUUCAUUGCAGGAUCAUUCCAAGAGCCAAACAUUUGGCAUUGAUCCAUCUGCAUACUCCCCCUCAAACACAGCACUUGGACUCAAAAGUUUGCAAAGACACAGGCGCUGUUCAGAGCCAAACAUAGACUACCUAGACUGCAAGCUCACCUCUCUCAGAGGAGUUUCUCCAAAGAACCUACACAAGACAAGCUGUGAUGUUGGCCUCUCUCUUGGAGAUGAGGAUUAUCUCAAGCGUCAUCAGUCUUUGCAAGUAGAAGGUCAAAAACUAAUUAAUCAGAGUUUGGUUAUGGGGAUCGAGGUGGGUAAGAGUAAUGCCUCAAACCAAAAUAUGGAAAAGAUGUUGCCUGUUACUCCACCACGCUUAAAUAUUUGCUCAAGAACUAGCUAUUCUAGUUUGUCAUCACCAGGAACAUCACCAUCUGGUUCUUCGGUGAGCUCUCAAGAUAGUGCUUUUUCCCAGAUUUCUGAACACUCGGUCUUUAUUCCCACGGAAACCUCUUCACCUGUUGAUUGCACUUUUUCAACUUCAAGAAAACAGGGGGAACUCUCUCUUGAUUUGUACAGCCCUUUUUCUGGGAUGGUCAGCCCUUCCCCAGGGCCAGCCAGUAGCCACCCACUUUGUAUUAAAAAGGACAGUGUAGAGUGGGCUUCUCAAAUGCAUUCUGUAACUAUUCACCCUAGCACUUGGCUAAGGAAUGGAGUGGCCACUUUGAAAAACUGGUCUCUCAAAAAGAAGACAAAGGCAUGCAGACAAGAGAGAAAGAAAAUAAAUUCCCUAAAAGGAACGUUGGAGCAGCCAGCAUUUUCUUCCGAAGUCUCAGAAGCUGGCCUACUCCAAGAUGCACUGGUGGAUGCCCCUCUGAGACCCUCCAACCUAGUCAGUGCUGUAGAAACAGAUGAGCCAUGUCAUCCCUAUGGCCGCCAGGACUCUGAGGGCCAGUGUAGCUCUCAAUUCAGUCCACUGGAUGACAGAUUUAAGCUCCAAACGAAGCCAACCAAGGAAGAGGAGGAUGAUAGCCAGUGUUCUCCUGGUGCUUGCCCCCCAGAGAAUCCCUCCCUCCACUAUUCUUUAACUCUAGAGAACACCUUGAACACAGCCCCUGAUGCUGAGUGUCCAGAGACUGCAGUAGUUUGCAGUGAUGAGUUUGGACAUAAAACCAAAGCCAUUUAACCAAAGUAAGACUGACAUCCACAGGAAUGACUGAUUCAGUAACUUAAGUGACAAUAGGUGCAGAUUCCUUAAUCAGAUGCAUGGUGUAGGUAGCCCAAGGACAACCACAGCUGAUUUUUAGCAUAAUUAAAGAAUUUUCUUUGUGGGGCAUUAAAGUCCUUUGUGGGGGAGGGAGGGCCCAAAUGCAUUUUCCUCUGUAUUCGAAAAUUAGGUCACUGGGGUAUUUGGGAAGCUCUUUUCUUUAAAAUCAGGAAUAAAAUGGGUCCCUAAUAUGGACAAAAGGCAUGAGCAGCAUCCUGACAGAAGAGGCAGACUCUGCCGAGAGAAGUCUUAUGUUAGCAUCUUGUACCCAAGACUAAGGUCAAGGGACAGCAAAUUAAGCCAGGUGGGAACCAGAGACCAGAAAUAAUUCCUAUUCCAAGAGGUAUUUAUGCUGAGGACAUAGAAACAGUUGAAAAUGAAGAAAACCCAGGGGAGCUGUGGCCAUGUAAGCACUCUGAGUACGGAAACAGCUAAGGUCUCUGGGCAUCCUCUUUGACUGCGCAGUCAUAGAUUCAUAUAUUUCUAGCUAGAAGGAACUCUGUAUCCAGUCCAGUCUCCUCUUUUAUAAAUGAGAUGGAGACCCAGAGAGGUUAAUUAAGGCUUACCCAAGUCACAGAUAAUAAACGGCAGAGCCAGGUUUUGAACCCACAUGCUCCCUUUGAAAGGGAAAAAAAUGUAUAUAAAUUUCACACAUCCCCCAAACCCACAAAAUUAAAAUGUAAAAGAUAUUUACUGUGAAAGGUUUGGUUUUUUUUCUAACAUUUCUUUCCAUUUGAGUAAGAUGUUUUACUCAUUUUACUCAUUUCUGCUAUUGCUGCUGUCAUCUUCUUGGUCGCUCUCAUUGUUCUCUUAGAGAAAGUUGCACUCAGGUUUUGUGCAAGUUAGAUUUAGAGGAAGAGAAUAUUUUGAUAAUUCACAAAGUCUCCAAAAGCCAGAGCUAUGAGGAGAAAGGUUGGUAUAGAUCUGGGUGGUCAGUGAGAGGAACUCCUGCUUCACCUGGCCUUGUGGAUAGCUCCUCCCCAGAAAUGCACUUAGUUUCAAUUUCCUCUGGUGUUUAAUCCUAUCCUUCUCUGUACUGGUGGUUCUUUAUGUACUUGUCUUCCCCCUGUUUCCUGACUUAUUGAUUCCCCAAGAACAGGGACAGGGUUUUCAUGGUAGCCCCCAGAGGGCUCCCAACAUUUGUUUCAUCAAAUAGAGAUAUUGUCCUUUGUCAUUCAAAAGUGACACACUCAUGGCAUCUGGCAGAAGCAGUACCUGAGGCUGAUGGCUGGCUGUGGUCCUGCUCACCUUGCAUCCAUGGUCUUAAUCAUUUGUUCAGAGUGCAGUGCCUAUUAUCUUUCUAAGAUGUUCCUUGUGACUGACUUCUCUCUUCCCAGACUGUUCAAAACCUUUGCCCAGGAAAAGUUGUCCCACCCCAAUUACUGCUUCUAGGGGUAUUUGGGGACUCAGAAAGCAAAGAUGAGGCAGCUGGAGGGAAGAGAGCCAACACCUAAAUAGGGGAGGUGAGAACAAAGGCACAUCCUGCUUUUUGGACAGUCAUUAUGUCUCUGCCUUUCUGAUUCCCAUGAAUUUUCCCACAUCCUGGCCACCUCAGAUUUAUGGAAAAUGAAAGUUUUGAUCUCCGUUAUUUUAAACCUGGAUUGCCUCUGUAUCUUUUCUUUUUUAAAAAACCCUUAUCUUUUAUCUUGGAAUUGAUACUAAGUAAUGAUUCCAAGGCAGAAGAGUGGUAAGGGCUAGGCAAUUGGAAAUAAGUGACUUGCCCAGGAUCACAUAGCUAGUAAAUGUCUGAGACCAAAUUUGAACCCAGAACUUCCCAUCUCCAAGCCUGCCUCUAUCCAUUGACCCACAUAGUUGUCCCUACCACUGUAUCUUUAGCCACUUGGCUGCCCUCAGAAGAGUCACUUGUGACUCUCCUCAGCUGGCAGCCCCAUUAUCUGGUUUUGCCAUUGAACAUGAAUACUUACUCACAGAGUUUCUCACCCCCUGAAACUCACAGUCUAAAAUGGAACUGCCACCAUAAUUUUCCACAGUGCUCAAUUCUUCAGCCUUAUGUUGUCCUCUUCCCAUUGACAGGCUCUCUGGUCAGGCACAUUUCAAUACCUACCCAUGAGAAAUUGCCUUGAACUCAUGUUGUCACUUUGUUCUACCAUCAAAUGAAUUGUUUGCGCAGUAACCAGCUAUUUCCCAUGAUCUUCUUCAGUCAGGUCACUGGGAAACUCUCAAGACAAGCUCUCCUUCCUCUGCUAUUUACUGCCAGACACAGUCUUUACCCAGAUUAUAUAUAUAUAUAUUUUUUUUUUUUGAUGGCAAAACAGACAGUUUUCUCCAAGGCAAGAAAAAAGCUUUGGUAUUAAUGGAAGUGCCACCUCCUUCUGUUCAUUUCAAUUCAGUAAACAGCUGUUAAGAACCUACUAUAUGCCAGAUCUAGGGCUACAAAGACAGAGAGCUACCACCCCUUCUUGGCUCCUGCUUUUCUGUUUAAAGGAUGUCCUGUCCCUGCCCUCAAAACCAUGAUUCCUUGUCUGUCCAUCAAUAAACAUAAUCUCCAAAGCUGGCCUGGAACGAUCCCCAUUCUUUAAAUGCUGGCCAUCUCAGUCAGAUCGGAUGCCAGUUUUGCCCUAGGACAUAAGUGUCUGUGAGUGUGUCUCUUGUGGUAUAGUUAUUAUGUCUGUGAAAUCACGAGACGCUUCCAUUGCUGGAAGGUUAAGCUGCUAUCAAAGCUGCGGAUGGGAACGUGGUGAUUGUGGCUUGGGAUAUCCUCUUGGAAAGAAGACGCUUCCUGCUUAUGAACAUUUUAGUUCCAAAGUUUCGAUCUUUUCCAUUUAUUUCUUAACAACCUGAUAUGAAGUAUUGAAGGAACUACUGUUAGCUGGAUGCCAAGUCUCAUCAGUAACCAUUCCUAUUGGGUAGAAAUCAUCUGUCGUGCUCCCUUAGCCGUCCUCUUGGUGUUUAAAUGUGAAUAGUUUGUUAAUAUGGCUGUAAAGUGUCCUAUUGUAUGAUUCGCCGACAGAACACACAUGUCAUUUUAUUAUGCUGUCAUCUUAUAAUAUAUUAAACUGAUGCUUUAUCUAAGAUGCUUUGAGUUUGUAUAAUAUGUCUUGAUAAAUUUUACUACCAUAUGUUAUGGAAUAAAUGUGUAUUUUUGUACUUGCAGAAACUGCUGCUAACUUUUAAAGUUAUCUGGUUGUAAAGGCACUGGUCAUAGUUAUGUGUGAAGUCCAUGCUGUACGUUGAAAUAAAAGCAACAUUUUACAAAGUCAAA